CUGAAGUUUCACAUGGUUCUGUUUUUUAGAAGAAAUGAUAUGCCCUUGGAUUGGAGCUAUAAAAAUCCAUCAUGCCUCAUUCCUUCAACAAGCACUACAACAACUUCACAGAAUUUCUUUCCUUCAACCAGACAUUAGCACUUCCUUACAUAAUUUUCUGAUUCUAAAAACACCAGGUCUUUCUCUUCCACUGUUACAGAAAACAAAACAUGAUAAGUACCAAGAAGCUUAUUCAACUGGCACGAAAGUGGCAAAAGAUGGCAGUUGCUAGUAGAAGAAGAAUUUCCUGGCCAAGAACACUGGCUGAUAAAGGCCAUUUUGUUGUCUAUACAACAGAUGGUAGGUGGUUUAUGAUUCCUUUGACAUGUCUUAAGAGUGAGAUUUUCAGAGAGCUCUUAAGAAUGGCAGAGGAAGAGUUCAGGGUUGCAAGUACAGGGCCAAUUAAGCUGCCUUGUGAUUCGAGUUUCAUGGAGUAUGCAAUCUCUAUGAUCCAACGACAUGCAGCUGAAGAAUUGGAGAAGGCACUGAUUACAUCCUUAGUUAGCUGUAGAUACUCAUCAUUGUCAUAUGAACAUCAAACACAAACCACACAACAAUUGCUUAUCAGUAGUUUCUAAGACAAUUUCCUUUCUCCUUUUUUGUAUAGAACAAUACUAUGUAAUUUUACCUAGAUAGAGUUAAUGGAACUUCCUGCAGAUAUUAUUAAAACAACAGUCUCGUAAUAUUAGCAAUUUGUUCUUGUUUACCUUUUUACAGGAACUGUCAUUUAUUAACAAAGGAUGGAAUAGGCUAAAUUUUGAUAAGAAGAGACCAAAAAAUAUCUGGAAUAAAAGGAAGUUUGAAAGAGAUUGAAGAGGUGAAUUGAAUUAAACUUUUAUAAAGUAUUACAAACAAACUUUCAAGUAAUCCCUUCAGUUCAUUGUAGCUAACAGCAGUAGAACAGCAAGAACAUAAAGAUUUGAGUUGUGACGUUGCACAGAAGCAGUUAACAGAACAUGUAUACUAUAAUCAGACUACAUAAAAAAUGACACCUACUACUUACUGAAGUAUAAGCUCAGGGGGGGCAUUUGGUUGGGGGUAUUCAUCAAAAGAAAUGGGAAUCAACAGGAAUCAUUCCCUUUGUUGUUGUUUGUUAGGCCACUUUUCCAUUUCCCCUUUCCCCCUUCAUUCCCCCAAAUCCCUCCAAGUUCAUUUCCCACCUCCCCAAGGUAUUUCCAUUCCAUUCCUAGGCCACCACCACACCACCAUACCACCACCCUCCUACCUACACACAUCACCGGAAAACCGCACCACCACCUACCCUUCGCCGCGCCUCCCCCACCCCUAGCCGGCCCUCCCUCCACCACCUACCCCUCGAAGACAUUCCCUAAUCUUGGCCAUCCCUCGUCGCACCGCCUAAUACCUAACCCUUCGCCGGAAAUCCCCCAGCCGCCCAAUACCCCACCAUCAAAAACCCUAAUCGACCCUUCCCCACCUUCGAAACCAAUUGGUUUUUAGAACCAUGGCCGCUGAUUUUCGCUGGUGGUUUGGGUCGUGGGCUUGGGUUCGAUCCGGCGGAAGAGAGGGAGGUUGCAGUUGCGUGGAAGGAGGAGAAAGAGAGGAGGAUUGUGGUUGCGUGGAAGGGAGAGAAAGAGAGGAGGAUUGUGGUUGCGGUGGUCGGUGGGAGGAGAAUGCUCGGUCAGAGGAGGGAGAGGAAAGGUUGUGGGCGGUGCUGUGCGAGGGGCUGUGCAGCUGCCGGCGAGGGGCAUGUUUCUAAGGUGGAAAGUGAAUUAAUUGGUGGUUGUGUGGUGGUGGGAUUGUUUCCCUUUGUUUAAAACAAACAACAUAAAGAAUAUAAGGUAUUUUCAUUCCAUUAUUUUCCAUUCCCCUUGUUCAUUCCAUUUCAUUUACCCCGAACAAACUAAACGGCCCCUCAGUCUUACAACUUACUAGUAGACUAGACUCUAUUAGAGUAAUAGUUACCCAUCCAGCUAGCCAACUUUGC